AUGUCUCACCGAAUUCCUCUUCGAGCUUUUUUUAAAAUAACAAGAAGCCCACAAUCAUUUGAAGAAGCUCGAAAGAUUUAUUCAUUUUUUGCAUCAAAAGGAGAAAUACUAGAAUUCAAAUUCGCCAGAGAUUCUGAUAUAAAAAAAGUUAAAGAUUUCGGUUGGAUAAGCUAUAAAGAUAGUAAAAUUACGGAACAAUUAUUUGAAAGUUGGAUUAAAAUUGAGCCAUACGAUAUAGAAGCAAUCAUACAUCGAUCGGAACAAAAAGCUAAAGACCAAUUACCAAUUAACAAACAACAAAGAAUUUUACCUCCUAUGUUUGGAGGAUUUUAUCUCAAGGAUGAUAAAUUAUCAUCAUCUUCCAUACUCGAUCAAACUAAUAAGAAUUCUUUAAAAAAUGUUCAGAUAGGAGAUACUAUUAUAUUAGAAGAAUCUAUCGAAGAUAUUCUCGAAACUUCUGAAACUUCAGGAAAUCAAAAAGAAUCAACCAAUUAUACUGAGAAUACUAUUAUUGAAAGUACAACAACUAGCACAGAAGUAAGAGUAGAGUCCCAAUAG